CCCUUUAUGGCUUUUUAAGGUACCUUCUCGUGUUUAUUCAAGAUCUUCCUUUCUUCCCAUCCUUUAUGACCGUCCUGAACAAUUAAACUUUUUCUUCUCAAUUUUUGCGGUCUGUAGCCUUGAAGCGUUGAAUUAUCGUUGCAGCAAUUUUUGGAAACGACCUUCACCAUAGAAUGCCGACCAAUACCAGCCUAGACGCAGAAUCGAAGCGUAGGAGUGUCAUAUAUACCAAAUCAGUCAAAAAUGGCAAAAUGGACGAAAGAACACGUACUGUUACUGUAGAAACAAAUUCAAACACGAUGCCUAGUACUGCUAAAAAGAGUAAGGUUACAUACAGAUAUGAUCCAUCAAAAGGAAGCAUAAAAGGAUGCCAUAAUACUAAAUCGGCAAUAGAUUCAUCAGCAGUGGCUCCGGUCCAAAAUAAAACUGUUCUUGAAAAGCAUACAAGCUACGUGUCUACUCUAUUUAAAAAGACAGGCAAAGAGACUAAAACAAAGAUACAGUCCACCAAAGAAGUAGAUGCUGCAAGUGGUAAUUCCAAAAAAACUUCCUUCCAAACUGGCAAUAUUACUACGACAACACCAACGACGUUGAAAGCUUCACAAACAUUUGAUAAAAGCGAUAAUAAUUCAACCGACGAAUCAAAACCUGAUAUAUCUCAGCUAUUAGGAAAUAGGACCUUGGAAAAAAAAGCAACAACUACCGCGACAAAAGAGUUAGUUUCAAAAAGAUCCAAACAGCAGCAAGAACCUUUGAAAGAUCAGCAAUUGAAAAAUGAUAUGCAUUCUGAUUUACAUGGAAAGAAACUUGACAACUUUGAUGGAAACAUACAAGCAUCCGAGCCGAUUAAAAAUGACAUUCGGCAUGGCUCUCACACAGUUUAUACUGACAAUACACAACUGCUUACGAACUCUAAUCAUGAUAUAGCUAUAAUCCCACAAAAUGUCAAAGUGAACAAUGAUUAUGCAAGUUCUUCCAUUUACUCAUCCGAGGUACAGUCUGUGCAGCACAACAAUAAUGAUCUCAAAGCAACUGAAACUCAUAGACCUCUCCUCCAACAUCAUCACUCGUUCAAUACAACGUCCUCUAUGGCACAAUCUUUGCAGCAUAAUCAGCAGUUACUUUCGCAGCCAUUUAUAGUAACUGCUUCUGCUCCCCAGUAUAACUCCAAUGGUGUUAAAUGUGAUGCCCAACAGAUACAACAGCCUUCAAGGAGACGGCCUCUAUCAUAUAUAGAGCCUACCUGUAGUAUCUAUAAUAAGAAUCAAUCUUAUUCAUAUACUCCUUUAGAUUUAGCUUCACCCCCUGCCGAAGAUUACAGCACUAUGCAUGAGCCACCAUUUUGCUGUCAAAACCCACGUUCUAAUACUGAACCACAUUAUGCAUAUUUGAAUCACCAACAUCUUUACCAUCACCACAUUCGUCAAUCAUGUGAUAAGUCUGCGAUAGUAACACGUAACUACACGACACCUUCGCCUCCCAUGAGCGUAAUUACUGAUGUGAAUGUCUGUAACAAUUAUUGCAAACCCCCUACGACUCCAACCAACAAUGCUCUACAAAAUUUAUUAGUCUAUGAUGGACAAACGCAGCGAUUUGUUCAGCUCAUCGGUGUUGAUUUUAAUACCUCUGCUACAGCUCCCUUAACAACAAACGGAAUACCUAUUGAAACAGCUAUCAAUUGUGAUAAUACAAAAUAUAACAGUACAUCACUGCAAUCUGUAAAGGGUGACUGGACCGUACUGCCUGCAGAAUCUAUGUACGAGCAAAAUCAACACGAACUAGAACAGCAACAGCAGAAGAAGGCAAGAGAUUACACCAAACAUUCACAACAACAACGGCAUCAAGAAACUGCCCCUUCAGAUGAGUCUUCGGUAGAGUUUAGCAGUUAUCAACAGCAGCAACGCCACAAUGCUAAGCAUCUUGAUACCAAGCAAUUACAUCGCAAAAAUAGCAAUCGAUCCUUGUGUAGCUUACGUAGCACAAGUGCAUCCGUUCAAAGCUGCGACUCAAAGUACGAACGUCUCCAUAUUACAAUAGAGAAAGAAAGAGCUACUGUAAAGGCACUCCAAAAACAAAAAGAAGGUACAGGCUAUUACCAAAAAGAAUUAUUUUUCCGGGCUACUGACAUAGCUAUACUUCGAAUGAUAGCUUUCAAUAAAGAUAUUGCUUUCCUAAGUAAAAGUUUAGACGAAGCAGUAUUGGAAAAUAAUGAAUUAAAGAAAAGACUUGAGGAAGAAAAAGUGGAAAAGGAACGGUACAAAGAGGAGCUUACGAAAACUUUGGACAAGAUGAAUGAAACUUUCAAGCAGUUAAGACAUUUGGAGAAUAAAAACAGGUCUUAUUCAAAAGAGAUAGCAGACAAAUCACAGGAAGUUAAAAUUCUGGAAAAGAAAAAUAAACAAUUACUAGAUGUGCGAGAUGUGACAAUUUUUGAAAAUACCAAGCAAGGAAGUAACGAUCGUCGUUUGACAAUACAGCUUCAUCAAGCACAAAGUCAAAUAAAACUGCUAAAAUCAACUAUGGAACAAUUCUUAAAGUUGGGAGUUUUUAACAGCGACUGGAAUACCACAUUAUCGCCUACAACAUCGAUUGAUGCUUUCGUUUCAGAGUUGAAAUGUGGACGUUCUUCUCGGCGGCAACCAUCAACCUUAACUUCAAAGAGUCGGUCAACGAAAAGCAAUGUGACGAUAUCGUUAGAUGUUACUAGUAAUACAAAUAUUCACAAUAACGAUGCAGCGAAACUCGACGUAAAAGAUCCCAGCGUUCAAAGCUCUGCACCAAGUAUUAAGCGUAACAAAUCAACUGACAAAAGCACGUACAUCACAGACCUUCAUACGAAACUUCAGCAAUUGACCGUAGAAAAAGAAAUUCUACAAUGUGAGUAUAACAAAGCGCCUGUAAGUGGAGGCAACAAGGCUCUGACUCGAAAGCGUAGAGAAGAAUUAGAAACAAGGCUUGACAAACUCGAUUCAGAGCUACGCCGUAUCAAGCUGAAAUUACGGAAUCAUAACGCAUUCUAAUCAUAUCACAGCCAUGUAUGACUUAAUUUUUCAUUCGCAUUUUCAUUGUAUAAUAAAGAAAUUAUAAAAAAAAGUUUAAGUUAUCAGACUUGUAGCUCCUUCCUUGCCAUGUCUCUGGAAUAGAAGACAGGCGAGAUCAUCAACUGACAAAGGCCACUCAGAGAGCCGGCAAUUGCCACACUUCACUCAAAAGAAGGUCUACUAACAAUCAUCGACUAACUUUGGUAUUGUAUCUAGUUUAGAAAACGUAGAAUUGAAACGUACUGAAUACAGAUCCUGUAGAGUACG